CAUCAAAAAGGUCGACAUUUUCAACCUUGUCGCCGUCGAGCUUUUGCUGUUAUCGAGUAUUGUAGAGCGGCACUGCCACGCUCGCUUCGAAGGUGGUCAAGAAGGUUUGUGGAAUUUCAGUGGUUGUUCUGUCUAUAAAUUGAGGUUAAGUCUUCCUCUGGUUUCCACUUCAAGAGUCUCUUAUUAUCAUCAAACCUCUCUCCAGAGCAAACAAGAACAAAGCAUCAAACAUAACCUUCUCAAGCAAGAAAAAUUUUACAAAAACACACAACCUUACCAACUCCGGGAACAUACCAAACAACCAUGGCUCGUCGAUUCUCCCUCUCCAGCCUCUCGCCAGCCAAGAAGGCCGAGCACCGCGUCAUGAGUGACCGUCACCGAAGGUCCGUCGACACGACGGCCACCUCUUCAACCAUCGGGCAUAUGCCCGUCGUUGAGGCCUCGCAUCAUCUGCCUCAACCAUCCUGGUCCAAGACGAUAGCAACUCGGUCCUAAGUCAACCCCCAAGGUCCCAUGUUGGAUUGCGGGGAUUAACUGGGUUGCUCGCUGGGAAAGACGAAUCGGAAUUUUUCUUGUUGUUUUGUGAAAUUUCUAGUGUGCGGAUACCCUCUUUUUGGAAUCUAGACUGUAUCAUGCUGUGGUGGUAUUUUACUCGGCAUAAUAUGUUUGUUAGUUAAACGCCAAAUUAUUCAAUGCCAAAGCUGUGGAACAGAUCCGCAAGUGGAGGAUCUCCUGUCAUGCCUAGGUUUUGGUAGUAAAAGGGCGAUGGAUGUCACCCGAUUAAAAACCCAGUGCUCCUAGUCAUUUG